AUGGGGAGAAGUGCUACACAAAUAUAUAAAUUAAGAGAAGAAAAUUUAGAAGGAAAUGAAAAUACUUGCUAUAAUAGUUUAAAAGGUUCUUCUACAGAUAAUACUUUAUUAAAUAAAAAAUUGACUCCAACUAGUUCAUUUAAAUUUAAUGGAAAAUAUGAAAAUAUAAUAUUAAAUGAUAGUACAUCGAAUAGUGAUACACCAAAUAAUGAUAUAGAAAAUAAUAACACACAAAAUUACAUUAAAUUACUUCAAAGUAAUAUAAAUUUUAAUAAAAUGAAAACCCCCCAACAAAAUACUAUUAUUAAUCUCAAUAAAAUUAAUCAAUUAUCUGAUAAGAAACAAAUAUCUUCUAAUAGAAUAAAUAAUUUAUGUAAUUACGAUGAAAAAUUAUGUAAUAUAUUAAAUAAUAAUGAAAAAGAUAAAAAAUAUUUCCAUGAAAAUAAUAAUACAAUUACACAUAAUUAUAAAAAUAAUAUAAAUUCAACAUUUUAUAAAUAUAACAAUAGUUGUAUAGAAAAUUAUGAGUGUGAUUAUAUAAAUAAUUCGAGCACAAAUAAUAAAUUAAAUACUACUAAUGCAUUUUAUAAUAUAGAUCAAUUCUAUUUAUUGGAUAAAAAAAAAAAAAAAAAAUCAAUGGAAAAUCUUAAAAGUUAUAUAUCUAAUUAUGGUGAGCCGUUCAAUACUUCUUUCAUAAUUAAACCUUUUAAUUCUUAUAGCAAAUCAUCAAUGAAAGUAAAAAAUAUUUUAAGUAAUGAAAAAACAACUCUAUGUAGAAAAAAUUGUAAAAAUUUUAUUCUGAAUAAAAGAAUAAACUUGGAACAUUAUAAUUCGAAAAAGGGUAGUACCAAUAAUAAUGAUAUGAAUGAAUGUGACGUAGUUAAUAAGUAUAAAGAAAACUACAACAAUAAUAAUUAUAAAAGUAAUAAUUAUAAUAAUAAUAAUAAUUAUAAUUAUUAUAGUGAUAAUUAUAUUAAUGAUGAUGAUGAUGGCCAUAUAAAAAAAGGAAAACAUAUUUAUUUUUAUAAUAAAUAUAUUAUGUCGGACAAUAAACCUAUAUACAACAAUGUCAAUUAUUUUAAUAAAAAUGAAAGGAAUGAAAUUUCGGAUGGAACCUUUAGUUAUGAUAUCUUUAAUCCAAAUAAAAAUAAUAAAGACAAAAUAUGUAUGCAGAGAUUAUAUUACAGUAAUGAUUAUUUGAGACCAGUUAUAUGUGAAUAUAAAUCUUUUAAUAAAAAAAUAUAUAAUUCAAGUAUAUGUUUACAAACAGAAGAAAAACAUAUACCCAUUUCAAAAGAGUAUACAAAUAAAAAUGGUGAUAAUAAUGAUGAUGAUAAUAAAAAUUAUGAUACAUAUGAUGAUAAUAAUAAUAAGAGUUAUUAUUAUGAUAAUAAUUACAAUAAUAAUUAUGAUGAUAAAAACAAUCAGAAUAAUUAUAAUAGUAACCAACAUGUUAAAGAACACAAUGAUAAUCAUGGUAACAAGGAUAAUAAUAAUAAUAAUGAUAAUAAUAAUGAUGAUAAUAAUAAUAAUGAUGAUAAUAAUAAUAAUGAUGAUAAUAAUAAUAAUGAUGAUAAUAAUAAUAAUAAUAGUAAUAGUGAUGAUGACAGUAGUGAUGACAAUAAUAAUGAAGGAUUAAUUAAACAAAGGAGAAAAGAAAAAAACAAAAAAAAGAAAAAAUUUAAUAAAAAUAUAUCAAAUAAAAGAAAAAAUAAUUACUCAUAUGAAAAAUGUAUAAAUAAAAAGAUUCAUUCCGAAAGUGAUGUAUAUUUAACAGAUGAAGAAAAUGAAGAAGAUACAAAUAAAAUAAUAAAUGGAAAAGAAAAAACUAUAAAUCCAAUUUCAUAUAUAAGUGACAAUUCAUCUAUAUCAUCUAAUAAUAACUUAAAAAAUAAUAAUAAUAAUAAUAUUAAUUGUUAUAAUAAAACCAACUUAAAAAAAAAAUCAGUUCCAAUAAAAUCUCGUAGUAGUAGUUAUGUAGAUAUCAAAAAUAUUGUACAUGAAAGAUUACGUAGAAGCUAUUCACAUACAUGUACUUAUAACUCUGAAAAUAAUAUAAAAAAUAAUAUCCGAAGGAAUAUGCGCCCCUCUUUUAAUAGUAACAAAAGCUGCAAUUUGAAUGUAAUCAAUAGACAUGAAGAAUCUAAUAAUAAUCAUAUUUUAUUUAGCAACUCUAAUAAUUAUGUAAAAGAAAAAAAAAAGACUCAAAAAAACUCAAAAACGAGAAUAAGUUCAUUCCACAGAAAUCAUGUAAAAAAUAUAGACAGCAAUAUUAAUAAAAAUUUCAAUCCAUGUAAUAACGCAAAGAAUAAGAAAAAAUGUACUACUAGUAACAAUAUUUCUGUAAAUCUUGAAAAUUCUUUACAAGAUAUAGAAAAUAAUAUUAUAAAUUUGGAUACAUCAUUAGUUGACACUGAUACAGAUUUACACAAAAAAAACAAAUUUAUUAACAAUAAGGAAGAUAAUAUUCCACUAAUGUUACUACAACAAAUUAAAGAAAAACAGAAUUCUGUUUCUGAUUUGAGUGAGAUAGAUAAAAAUAAAAAGAAAAAGAAAAAGAAAAAAAUUAAAGAAAAUGAAAAAGAAAAAAUAAAAAUAAAGAAAAGAAAAAAGUGUAUUACCAAAAAUAAUCAAUUGAAUUCAUAUGAUGCUUAUGAUAAUGAUGAUGAUAAUCUCAUUAGUAAUAAUAGCGAUACACCUAUGUUUUUUCAUUAUGAAAAUAUAUUAGAUAAUGAUAUCAAUCAAGAGAAAAAUAAUGAAAAUCAUUCAUUAAUUAAAAAAGAAGAAAAUGUAACCUAUUCAUAUAAAAAUAAUGAAUGUACAAAUAAUUUUCUCAUAUUAGAUAAAAUUAAUCAAAUGCAUUAUAUACACUCAAAUAAAAAAAAAAAAUGUAACAAUAAUUAUAAUUCAAAAAGUCAUCGUUUUGUGAAAAACAAAAAAAUGUAUUCAGCCAAAUGUUAUAAUGAAAAUGAUAACACAUUUCAAAAUUUGAAUUCUUUCUAUAGUGAUAAUAAUAUAAUUAUUAGAAGUAAUUCUUUAUCAAAUAUAAUAAAUAGUAAUAAUAUUUUCUGUAACAGUGAUAUAAAUGAUAUACACUUUGAAUGUUCCUCUAUCUUGAGUAAUCAAAAUACAUUAUUAAGAAAUUCAAGUGAAUAUAGUAGAGAAAAACAAAAAAAAAAUAAUAAAAAUAAUGUUAUCAAUCAUAAUUUAAAUAAUACUAUACAAACAAAUGAUACUAGUAAAAGUAAUCCAGUUUAUAAUUAUCACAAUCAAAAUAAUAAUAGUAAUAAUAGUAAUAAUAAUAAUAAUAUUCUUUUUAAUACGAAUAAGUCAAAUUUUAAGGAAAAAUCUAUAGGCAAUUAUCUUACAAGAAGCAAAUCAUUUUGUGAUAAUUUUGAAAAUGAUUCUAAACAUAAUAUAUUCAAUAUUAUCUCUGAUAAAAAAAAACACGCGUCACAUAAUUAUCAUUAUCUAAGUGGUAGAACAAAAAUGAAAAAUACACAAAGAAAUAUUCAAAAUGAUAAUGACAAAAUAAAAUUAAUGAAAAAAAAAAGUACAAAAUAUCAUCAAAAAGAAGAAGAACAACAAGAAGAACAACAAGAACAACAACAACUACUACUACUACAACAGCAACAACAAGAACUACAAAAGACAACACAACAUAUUUCAUUACCAAAUUUAUUAUCACAACAGAAUAACGACUCCUCAUUUAAUGACGUACAAAAGAAUUUCUCAUUAAAUUCUAGCAAAUUAAUUCAGAAAAAAACAAGCCAUGAUUUAAUGAAUCUUAAUAAUAUCAAAAAUAAUUCUUUACAUAUAUCAAACGAUAUAUUAUAUGAACAAACUGAAACAAAUAAGAACUCAAAACGUUUUAAACCAUCAUCAAAUGAAUUAAGAAGCAACUUGUGUUCUAAAGAGAAUUUGAAAAGUAAUUCAACUCAAAUUCAAAAUGAUAAGAAAUUAAAUGAUCCUAUGGAAUAUUAUAGAGAUUAUGAUUGUGCUCAAAAAAUUAAAGAAGAUAUUCUACAAAAUGAAAAAUUUCCCUUCAUAUUUUAUGAUAACAACCUUCGUAAUUUAGUUAUAUAUUAUAAAGAUAAUUAUACCAAUGAAAUAAAAACGAAAUAUUUUUCAGCUCAAAGAUUUGGUCAUGCCACAGCAAAAAAAAUUGCACUUAAUUUUUUAAGAUCCUUAGGUGUUAAUGCAGAUUAUUUAGAAAACAAUAAUGUUUUUUCAUAUGAGAGAGAUACUAAAAGUAAAUUGUUUAAUAUUGGAAAAACAAAAGCAAAUAUAAAACCUGAAGAAAAUUCAGAUAUCAAUUUAAUAUAUGAUAAGAAAAAAAGAAAUGUUAUUGUUUCAUGGAAUAAUCAAGUUAAAGGUUAUAACUUUAGAAAAUUCUCAACACAAAGAUUUGGUUAUGAUGUCGCUAUUUGUCUUUCAAUUGACUUUUAUAAAAACUUAGGAGGAUUAAAAGAAGAAGAGGAGAUAAGAAAUUAUAUUAAUCAAAUUAAUAAUUCCUUUAAAUAUAAUCGAAACACAUCAAAUAAUAAUAAAAAAGGUAGAAAAAGAGGAAGAAGAGGUCGAAAAAAAAUAAUCAAAACAAAAGAUGAUCAAUCAAUUUCGUCUGCAUAUGAAUCCAUAAAUUCAUCUACCAACAAUUUUUAUAAUAAUAACAAAAAUUAUGACAAUAAAUCUUUCUUUUAUUUAGAAAAUGUAAAGGAAAAUAUUAUGAAAUGUAAACUAAAUAAUAUAUCUAAUCAAUAUAAUCAAAUAAACCAAUUUAAAAAAUAUUUUAACUUAUUUUAUGUUAAUGAAAAUAUUAUUGAAAUUUUAGAAAAUUACUUCAAAGAUUUUAAUAGUCUUGAUAUUAAAAUAAACAAUAUAUACAAAUAUGAUUUUUUUUUAAAUAAAACAUUUCUUUAUAUAUAUAUGAAAUAUAUAGAAAAUGUGCAUACCAAGUUCUAUAUGGAAGAACAACAAAAUAUAGAGCAGCUUUUCUUACCUUUAGAUUCAGCAUAUAAAAUAGAAAAAAAUAUAUCUAUAGAAAAAGAAAAUGUAAAAAAACAAUGUACAUUAAAUUGUUAUGACAACGACGAAAAUAUAUGUACAAAUAAUAAUAAUAAUAAUAAUAAUAAAAAUUAUUUCUUCAAAAUUGUAGAUCAACAUUUUGAUGUUAAGGUUCAAAAUAAAGAUUUUCCAUUAAAAUACUUAUGUCCCUAUUUCUUAAGUAAACUGAAAUAUUAUAAAGAACAAGACCUUUUUAUGAAAGGAUAUUAUUCUAGUGAUGAUUCCAACUUAUAUGAUAUUCUUUUAAUUAAUAAUAAAUAUCAUAUUAAACAUUCAGCAUGUAAUAGCAAAGUAAAUAUUAGAAAAAGAAGAAACGCAGUAAAAUAUACUCAUAAGACAUUUAAAACAUCUACAAAUGGUGAAAUUAAACCAAACGAAAAAAAUGAUAUUUAUAAUUAUGAUGAGAAGAAAAAAAGAACAAGAAAAAAAAUAAAACAAAAUGAAAUAGAAAAAGAAAUGGAAAGGGAAAAUCUAUACAUGAAUUUCCAAAACAAUUACAAAAAUAUAUAUGAUUCAAAUAAUCUUCAAGAUGAUAUUUAUCAAAAUAAUUAUACAUAUGAUUAUAAUUUUGAUUAUGAUGAUGAUUAUGAUGAUGAAGAUGAAGAUGAUGAAUAUUCUAUAAGUGAUGAAAAAUAUGAUAAUCAAAAAAAUUAUAAAUACAAAACAAGAAAAACUAAAAUUAGAGCACCAGGAAGAGGUAGAGGAAGAGGUAGAGGAAGAGGUAGGGGAAGAGGCAGAGGAAGAGGCAAAGGAAAAGGCAGAGGUAGAGGUAGAAUAAGUAAUAUACAUGCUACCAAAAAAUUAAUAUCAAAAACAUAUUCUAUAUUAAAUAGAAAAACAAACCAAAACAUAGGUAUAGAUAAUAAUAUGUUUUAUACUAAUAAUCAAACGAAUUAUAAAAAUGAUAAUACCUAUUCACCAUUUGUUAAAAAUAACAAGUUUUUAUCAAAAAAUAAAAAUAUUAAAAAUUUAUUGGCUAAAGGAAAAAAAUAUAUAGUCUGUUAUAAUUACUUAGGAAAAAUACAAGUCAAAGUAUUUCCUGCUGAUGUAUAUGGAAUGACAAAUGCACAGAAAAAAACAGUGGAUUUUUUACAACAACUUAAAAAAGAAUUAAGAACAGAAGGGAAAAUACUAUAUAGUGAAUAUGAUAGUAAAGUAGCAUUUGAUGUAACAAAUUAUUUAAUGGAUCAUAUUACCUUAAAUUGUAAUGAACAAACAAAUUACUCAUCCCUUAUUUUGGGAAAUGACCAUUCUCUAUACCCUACCAAUGAUAUAUACAAUAAAAUUGAUAAUAACAUACCCAAAACAGAAAAAAAAAAAAAAAGGGGAAGAAAAAGAAAAGAAGAAAAAUAUAUACAUGAUAUGAUAUCAAAAAGUAUUGAAACCAAUAAUAUUAUAGAAAAUGAUAAGGCUCUUGUACAAUAUCCAUCAUUUACACAUUUUUUGCAAAGUGAUACACAUAUUAACAAUUAUGCAAAUGAUAAAAAUGAUAAAAAUGAUAGACAUGUUAGAAAUGAUAGAAAUGAUGGAGAUGAUAAAUUUUUGUUUAUACAAACAGAUAAUCAUAACGAUAAUUAUAUUUGUGAGGAAGGAAAAAUUCAAAAUAAUGAAAAUUAUAAUAAUACAAAUUUUACAAAUGUAUCUGAUUUUUUUAGGGAACAAGAAAAGAACUAUAUACAAAAUGAGCGAAUUACCCAUGAUAUAAUCCAGUCAUCAAAUAAACCUAAUAAUGAAAAUGUCAUUCCUAUACAAUUGGAGAAUACCAAAAAUCAUAUUGAUGAAGACAAAUAUAUAGAAACAUCAGAUGAUAAAACAAAUAAUUUUGAAUAUAUAGAUAAUAUAAUAAAAGUUCCAAAUCAAUAUGUUCCAGUAAAAGGAUCCUUAAGUAAUAAUACUACUAAAAAUGUAGAUGAUAUAAAUACUUAUGAAAAAAAUAGCACUUACUCUAAUAAUAAUGACACAGAAACAAAUGAUCAAAAACAUUUUUUGGAAUAUAUGAACAAUUUACCCUAUUUAAAAGAUCAUAACAAAUGUAGUAAUAAUACUACUGAAAAUGAAAUAAACCAAAAACUAAUAAAUUCUAAGGACACAAAAACAUAUGAUAAUAACCUAAUUACUGAAAGUCAAGUAAACGUAGAAAAAAAUAAUGAUUCUUUAAAAGAAAAUAUUUUACAAUCACAAAACGAUAUAAAUAAUAUUAAUAACUUAUAUAAUGCAUAUAAUAAAUCUGAUAAUAUGUAUCGAUUCGAAAACAACGAAAAUGUCUUAGAACAAAAUCAACAAAAUGUAAAUGUUACAAGAAAUACUUAUCCUCAUUUAAUUCAAAACACUCAAAAAGUCACAAAAGGAUUUCUAACUUUACGAAAAGAAAAAGGAAUAUGUUUAAAUGUAAAAAGAGUAUAUUCCUUAUAUGAUUUAUAUCAUAAGCUUAUUAACGAUUGUGAUUAUUCAGAAUUUUUAACACAAAAUUGGAAUACAAACAUUUGGAAAAAUAAAUAUGAUCAACGCGAUGAUAAUACAAUAACCCAGACUAGUCCUAUAAGAACAAGGAAUUAUAAAAAGACUCAUGGGUGUAAUAAUAAUAAUAUAGAACAAAAUGAAAAAUAUGGAAAGCUUAAUAAUCAGCCUAUUUUAAAUGAAAAAAAUGCAAAUGAUCAAAACAACAAAAUUAAUCAAAUAGAUGAAUGUAACAAAUUGGAUCAUCUUAAUAUAACUGAACAAAUAAAAACAACAAAUUAUCAAUCCAUAUUACCAAUUAAAAUAAAAAAAGAAAAUCUUCCUGAAAAGGAUCAUACACAAAAUAGAAUAUGUAAUACAAAAAAUGAUUGGACUGGGUUAGUCAAAUAUAAUACAUCAAAAGGUAUUGUUAAAAUACCUAAAAUGUGCAUAAAUAAAUUAGCUAGAAAAAAAGGUUAUAUGAAAAUGACUUGUUUUAUAUAUAGAGGAAAGGGAGAAUUUGUCUCUUAUUUCUUGGAAAGAGGAAAUAAAAAUUUUAAUUUUAGAAAUCAAAUAAAAAAUGAACAAAAUGAAAAUGAUCAUAUAGAUGCUUAUACAUCUUAUAACGACAAUCAUAAUAAUUAUAAUAAAAAUAAACUAAAUAAUUACACAUGUGGUGAUAUCGUAAGUAAAGAUAAAUCUUUACAGGAUAACAAAAAAUAUUAUUUAAGAGAUAAAUCCAAUAUUCAGAAUAAUAUUACAUGUUAA